GCUCAGUUCUAUGAUGAGGGAGGACGAAGCCAUAACGCAUCUGAUAAACUCAUUUGUGCAAAAUGAAGGUGAAAGCAUCACAGUCAAUUCGUCAAACACCUCACCACUUUUCGCUUUCCUAGUUCGAUAAUGGAGAUCAAGAGGGAAAUAUCUAUCAUGAAGCUUGUCAGGCAUCCCUACGAUGUUCGUCUGCAUGAGGUUCUAGCGAGCCGUACUAAGAUUUAUAUAAUCUUGGAGUUCAUUACUGGUGGUGAAUUGUUUGAUAAAAUCGUUCAUCAUGGGCGACUAAGUGAAGGCGAAGCGAGGAGAUACUUCCAACAGCUUGUUGAUGGGGUGGAUUAUUGCCACAGCAAGGGAGUAUAUCAUAGAGACUUAAAGGUCUUCCCUUUAUAGCAUUAAGCUAGCUAUUGUGAUUCUUAUCAUGAGAUUCUUAUCAGUGUUCUUUUGCACGAGAUUCUUAUCGUUGUUCUUUGCAGCCGGAGAAUCUGUUGCUUGAUUCUCUUGGAAAUUUAAAAUUUCCGAUUUUGGUCUGA